AUGGCUGCAAUCAGCCCAAUCACCAUUGCAGCCACCGUCCAGGACCUUUGGGACAAAGCUGUCGAGGCUAUGAAAGAGAAGGACAAGCAGAAUAUCUGCAAGACCGUUGCCCGUUAUGCUGCAAUCGAAAAGCUUUACUUCCGACAGUUAUCAUCGGUCGACAAGAUGCUAGAGGAUUCGAUCGUCGCUACCUAUGCUUCGAUACUGCGGUUCUUCUUCAAGUGCCGCAGACACUUCGACCUUGGACUUGCUCGGCGAGUCGCAAAGAGUGUCACACAGCUACCGGAAACCUUGGUCAAUAAACAUCUUGACAGGAUUGCAGAAAAUGACAAAAGGGUUUCAGAGCUAACCAGGAUCGUUGACGCUGAACGGUCGCAAUUGAGCCAUACCCAGCAACUAUCAGCGAGAGACCGAAUCGACCAUCUAGUCCAUGAUUUCGGAGAGCUGCGAACGGAGUCCACAUAUUCUGCAUCUAAACUCGAAGCGCUGCUCACAUACUUCAAGGAGCCCAGAGUUCGCACCAUGAACCAAGUCUCAGCCUUGUCAGAAAGCCUUGUCGAGAGUAGGAACGAGUCUCAUUCGAAAGAGGAGCGCCUAGCAAUUCCGAAAUGGCUUUCAAACGUUCAGUACAAAAAGCACCACCAGACCCUAAGUGUUGCGAGCUGUUCUCAAGCAAAUCGUGUGCUACAAAGCUCAUUGGGAGUCCGCAUCGGCGACCGCCGAAGGAAAGAAACUGAUAACGAUGUGUCCGAUAUUGAGCCCCUCGAUAUAGCAGAAACAACCCAGAACAUCAUUGAUGCUGUUGCAGAAACGCUGGUGACCAUAGUCAUUGACGCUCGGGAUGAAUGUCAUUCCGGCCAAAGACACGAGCUGCUCGGGGCGCUGGAGGUUCUGUUGGAUAAGUCGGCUCACCUUGUGAAGGUCCUCGUAUCCAGUCGAGACGAUGUCGACAUAGUCCUAAGGCUGCAAAAGCACCCAAAUAUCUACAUCAACAUCGAUGACAACAAGGAUGAUAUCCACAGAUUUAUAGAGUUCGAAAUCCGGAAAGCACAGUAUGAUAGGAGACUGCUGAAGGGACUAGUCUCCCCACAUAACACGACACAAGUUUCUCUGGGCGACCUGGUGGAUGAGCUUGCCCGACUCCCCCGAUCCCUUGCUGGCAUGUAUUCUUUGAUCCUGGAAGACAUCGGUGCAAUUGAGCAGCGUGGUAGUACUCUUGCGGAGACAUUCUUCAAAUGGCUUCUCUGCGCCGAUGACGCAAGAUCCCGUGUCACCAUCGCAGCAUGCUCAGGGACAAUAUCAAUAUACGACGAAUCGCUGGACAGAUUUCGAUUCGCACAUUUGUCAGUCCGGGAGUCUCUCGAGUCUCAACCGGGCUACACUACGUUUGAAGCAAAUAGGUCUGUUGUGGAGAGAUCAUUGCAGACAGUGACCUGUCAUCAGCCAUCUGGUGACCCUUUCUGGUCCUAUGCGAUUCUUUAUUGGAUUUUCCACUACCAUAGACUCGGAGAACAACUUCGGAAGGAAGUCUUUGAGCUUCAUGGCAAGCGCUUCCUCUUCAACGGCGCCACCAGCGCUGGAAGUAGUGAUGCCUUCAAUACAUGGGUUCUCGACCACUUUGAGGCGAACCAGAGCACCAACGACUUUGACGGUCGCUCUACAAAACUGAUGUCGUUGGCCAUACAUUAUGGUCAGACUUCAGUAGUGCGAUGGCUGUUUGACCGAAAAUUUUGCCCCACGGAUGAGCACCUCGAGCUGGCUUUGGCUUUGGAGCAGACAGAAAUCAUUCAAACCUUUUGGGACUUGAAUACUCUAUCCCUCAGCUCGUUGGCAAAUGGUGAGGAGAUCUUGGUUCUCGCUGUCCGCUUUGGUUCCAAGGAUAUAUACCGGGAUCUGAUCAAGAAGGGAGCGAACAUAAAUUGUCGAGACCGAAAUGGACGGACGCUCCUGUAUCAUGCAGUAUGGAGUUCUAGGGGUAAUAGCGAGAUCAUUGAAGACUUGCUUCUGACAGGGAUAGAUUCCAUAGAACAGGACAAUGCCGGAAGAACACCACUUUCGCUCUGGAUCUGGGACCGUUAUAGGCCCACCUCCGGUUCAAGGCUCACAGGCCAAUUCUUCAAGUAUCCAGCAAUUGAAGAUGGUAAGGACGUGCUGCGGCGUCUAUUACAGUCACCUUUUUAUCAUACUGCGUGCUUGCUCCUUCACUAUGGGCUCGACUUAGUUUUGGAAGAUGUGGAUAUGCGUGCGGAGUGGACGCAAUUGCUGAUGCUUCCCGGUCUUGGGAGUGAAAUAUCGGAUUUGGGGGAUGUGAUUCUACAACAGUAA